UCUGAAAAGCUUUUGGACUUGGCCUUCAAAGACCUUGGAAUCUGAUCGUCCGAGAUUUUGCAUAGAAAUCUCCUCAGAACGGCAAAAUGUCUGCGGAUUUGGUUCUGAAGCCGACGUGCAGCGGCUGCGGAUCGCCGUCGGAGCUGUACGGAACCACCUGCAAGCAUUUGACUCUCUGUGUGUCGUGUGGCAAAACCAUGGCCCAGAACCACGGCACCUGCAACAAGUGCGGCGCUCCGAUCACGCGCUUGAUUAGGGAAUACAAUGUUAGAGCAUGCUCUACCAACGAAAAGAAUUACUUCAUCGGGAGAUUUGCUACGGGGUUACCAAAUUUUUCAAAGAAGAGGAGUGAGAACAAGUGGUGUCUGCAGAAAGAAGGUCUGCAAGGACGCCAAGUAACUGAUGCUUUGCGGGAAAGGUUCAAGAAUAAACCCUGGCUAUUGGAGGAUGAAUCAGGGCAGUCUCAGUACCAUGGUCAGCCAGAAGGUGCACAAUCAGCAACCUACUACCUACUAAUGUUGCAGGGUAGAGAGUUUGUUGCCAUUCCUGCUGGUUCCUGGUACAACUUCAACAAAGUGGCACAAUACAAGCAGCUUACCCUGGAAGAAGCCGAAGAGAAGAUGAAUAACCGAAGGAAAACUGCUGAUGGGUACCAAAGAUGGAUGAUGAAAGCAGCAAAUAAUGGACCUGCUGCUUUUGGAGAAGCUGGAAAGUUCGAUGACAAGGAAGGUGGUGGUGGUGGUGGUGGUGGUGGUGGGAGGGCUAGGAGGAAAUCUGGUGAUGAUGAGGGCAAUGCCUCAGACCAAGGAGAAGAAGAAGAAGACGAUAAUAUGGACAGGAAACAUAGACCAGGACGCAACAAAAAAGGUGAUGAUUGGGAGCAUGAAGAAAUUUUUACAGAUGAUGAUGAAGCUCCAGGAAAUGACCCUGAGGAAAGGGAAGAUCUGGCUCCUGAAAUCCCUGUCCCUCCGGAAAUUAAGCAGGAUGACGAAGAUGAGGAAGAAGCUGAUGGGGAAGGAGGAUGGGGUUUGAGCGAAUCAGGUAAAGAGUUGAAGAAAAUCCUUGGGAAAGCUAAUGGGAUGAAUGAAUCAGAUCCCGAGGACGAUGACGACGAUGAGGAAGAAGAUGAUUUCUCAUCGCCUGUAUUAGCUCCAAAGCCUAAAGUAACUCCUAAAGAAGAACAAGCUGAGGCCAGCAGUCCAGCAAAACCACCUGGUUCGAGCUCCACUCGUGCAAGCUCCUCGACUUCAAAGUCAGCUAAGGGUAAAAGAAAAGCUAAUGGGGAUGAACCAAAGUCUGCUAAUGGUGUUCCUUCUAAAAAAGUGAAGUCCGAAACGGACGUUAAGCCAGUAAAAGGAGUUGUCACACCUGCUGCCAAUAAUAGCAUGCCCAACAAUGUAUCAUCAUCGUCUGCAGUGCCACCUGCAAGAACUGCUGUAACACCCGUGACUGAAGAUGAAAUAAGAGCUGUUCUGCUGCAGCAAAGACCGGUUACCACUUCGGACCUUGUUAGCCGAUUUAAAUCACGGCUGAAGUCUAAAGAGGACAAGGACACUUUCGCAGCUGUAUUGAGAAAAAUUUCCAGAAUACAAAAGACAGAAACAGCCAAUUAUGUCGUCUUGCGAGAGAGGACUAACCAAUGAAGACGAAAGAAAUAACUGCAACAGAGUUCCGCGAAAGGGUGAAACAAUAAACCAACUUUGGCUUUUAUUAUCAAACAUUAAAAAGCAGCAACAGAAUCUUGGCUCAUUGUCAUGCACUGUGAUUGCUUAUUGUUUCUGUUUGCAUUUUCUUAUGAAGGAGCAACCCCCCACCCCGCCCCACCCCCACCCCACAACUCUCAACAAGAACAAAAAUAAUCAAAGGUGAUAUGCUGCUUUAUUUGUGGACUGAACUUCUGUGUGGUUGCAGGGAAGUAAGUUCUUGUUGUGGAAUAUAUUCAACACAAUGUUUAACACGUAAUUGUAUAAAACAAACUACUUCAUAGUACUUGUAUGGAGUAAUUCUUUCGGGAAUAUGAAUUCAUAUUUUUUUAAAAUGCGAAUUCAUUGUCCACAAAUAUUUCCCUUGUUGGGGGAAAUACAUAAUGUUGUCAAGA